AUGCUCGGGCGAGGGCCAAACGUGAAGAGGAAGUGGGACAGGGAGGAGUCGGUGCGGGCAGCGGACCUGGUCAACUCAGCAGGCAUCUGCAUCCUCUUCGACCUGAUAGGAUACACCUCCGACCACAGACAGGAUGUCCUCAGCCUUCGCCCUGCUCCUGUCCAGGUGCACUACCACGGCUACAUCGGGACCACUGGAGCCCCCUGGAUAGACUACUACAUGGCGGACCGAGUCGUCGCUUCCCCUGAAAGCGCCCCGUCCUUCACAGAGCGCCUCCUGCUCCUCCCCGAGAGCUUCCUCGGGCCCUCCCACCGCCUCGUCCACCAGCUGUGGGCGAACUCUGGAGGGUCGAAGCUCGACUUCGACACGCUGGGGGAGCUCGACCUGAGCAUGAGGAAGGUGAACAACCUCCUGCCUGCCACGAGCUUCGUCCUCUGCAACUUCAACCAGCACUUCAAGGUCGACCCCGUGACCUUCUCCUCCUGGACCAGCCUGCUGGGCAAUGUCAGCAACGCUGUCCUGUGGAUGUUGGAGGGGACGCCGGUGUCGGAGAGGAACCUGCGGAGGGAGCUGCAAGCUGCCGGCGUCUCCCCCGACCGUCUCAUCUUCGCCAGGAGGGCUGCGGUCAAGGACCACCUGCGCCGAGCUGCGCUGUGUGACCUCUCCCUGGACACGCCCAACUACAACUCUGGCGCGACUGGAGCAGACACGCUCUUCGCUGGGGUACCCAUCCUCCACCUUCCAUCCACGAAGCCCAUCGGUCGGAUGAUGUCGAGCAUGCUCAGAGCCCUUCGACUGCAGGAGCUCAUCGUCCGAGACCACGACGAAUACUUCAAGCUUGCUCACAGGUUUGCGAGAGAAGAGAGCUCGGAAGCGCUGGGGGGAAGAGCUGUCGACAAGCUCAAGACAAAGCUUCUUCGGAGGAUCAUAUGGUCCCCGCUGUUCGACGUCAGUGCCUGGGUCAACGACUUCGAUCAGAUGUGCAGAGCUCUGUGGGAUGUCUACACCAUGACCAAGGAGGAGCCGACCGUCGGGCAGGAUGAGCAUCAGGCUGCAUGGAAGGCUAUGCACAUAGUCGGCGCUCGGCCUCGCGGAGUUCUGUGACCUAGUCAGAUGCCAUGAUGCCUCGGGACAUGCCGGCCGGGCCUCCGACAGUCGAAACCGUCAGUGAAGCUGUUAAGUUAGCAAGUCCGGGGGGCCGGCGGCGCGGGCCCGGCGGGCCCCACCUGCCCUGGUGUAAGGCGGUUAUGACAAAUGUAACGGUUGCUUACACAUACAGCCUAUCGGAGC